AUGUCUGCCGAUCAACCGCAGCAGCAGUUCGCCGGACAUAACACCAGCAUGCAGGCCGUAGCAUUGGUCCCCGCAGUAAUAACUUUGGCAUUGUCUCUGUUGCUGUAUGCUACCCGCAUACGAGCUCGCCGCUAUUCGCCUUUCGUCUGGGCCGAUGGCAUGAUCACUGCAGCUCUGGUACUGGCAAUAUCCGAUCUCGUUCUCAUCGCCAUAGGUUGUCACUACGGUCUGGGGAGACAUACAGUGUUUGUGGACUCAGUCAGAGUAGUCAAGGCCCGACAUUUUGGUUUCCUCGCACAACCUCUCUGUGUGUGGUCGAUUUGCUUGACUAAAUGCUCUAUUGCCUGGACUGCUUUGAGAACAAGACAGGACCGAGAAUGGCAAUGGGUGUUCUGCUGGACGAUGUUCGUCCAAGUGGUCUGUACGAUUUCGACUAAUGUCAUCCAAGUGGUGCAGUGUCAACCAACUUCUGCACUAUGGAACGACGAUUUGGCAGCACAAUGCUGGCCGCCUGAGAGGACACAACUUGCUGCAUAUGUCACCUUAGGUUUCGGGGUCAUAACCAGUUUGCUUCUGUCUCUUACACCUCUUACCUUCGUCAAGGGCAUGAGUCGUCCGUUACACGAGUUGAUCGCCUUGGGUAUCUUGGUCGGCAUCGGUCUUUUCGUAACCAUGUCUUCUGUCGCCAACAUGGUAUACCUACAUGGCUAUCGUACAACUCAGGAUCCACUUAGAGACAUGAUAGCCCCGACAGCCUGGUGGCAGAUCGAGCAAAACUUUUGCAUCAUAGCCAGCAUAGCAAUCCAUCUCCGGACAUCGUACGAGACAUUGCUGGCAAGAUUUGGCUUGAUCUAUCAAGUCAGCACGGAUUCACCAACUUGCCACCGUUUGAACCGCCUCGAGGAUGGGUCGCAGAUGCUCAAGAGCUUGAAGACGACUAUACCCUGGGGACCGGUACAUGAUUCUGCAGCGCAUUUACCGAGUAUCGUCAAGACGACUGAAGUUGUGCAUUCGACUGAGCUGUUGAGGAGUGAUGAGUUUCAAUUCGGAUCACCAGCUAGAAGACCUUCUUGGCAGUAG